AUGGGAGCAACCCUCAGCCAGCAAUCCGCCGUCGACACCAUCAACCAGUGGCGAUCGCGGCCGCGCCACGAGCUGAUCUUCGACUCCGGCCUCCACGAGAUCCGGCAGUACUUCCAAGCGAUCGACAAGCUCGACGACGCCAAUGCGCGCGGCUCCAACGACAGGCUCCUCCACACCGCCACCGACCGCCUCAAAUCCGAAUUCGAAGCCGUCCUCCGCCGCAGCGCCGCCGCCGCCCCCGGCCCCGCCUCCACCACCACCGAGUGGAGCUCCUCCGUGUCCGACAGCACCGCCAACGCCUUCCGCUUCGAAGACUACGCCCCCGCCGGCGACGCAGUCAGCCCCGACGCCGCCGAUUUCCUCAAAAACAUCACCGCCAGAUUGAAUUUUCGCGGGAAAAUCGAAGACUGCGUUAGGGUUUAUAAGAGCGUGAGAAAGCCCCAAUUGCAAUCGCAGCUAAUACGACUCCGUUUCGAUGAGCUGAGAGGAGAUCACAAUCAGAGGAGAUACGUCCAAGACGAGCUCAAGGUGAAGAUGGAGCUAUGGAUUCAGGUCUCCAAAAUCUGCGUAAAAAUCCUCUUCGAGAGAGAGAAGAAACUCUGCGAUCAGAUCUUCGGAGACGUCGACGCCGCUGCCGCCGCCGACUGCUUCAUCGGAACAGUGAAGGACUCCGCGGUCCUUCUGUUCCGAUUUGCGGAGGAUCUUAGCCUCAGGAAGCAGCCGCACCACACGAUGGCGGCGGUUCUCGAUGUUUACGAGGCGUUCCUUUGGGUGCUCCCCAGCACAGAGGCUUUGUUUGCCUCUACACCGGGGAAGGGGAUCAGGGACGUAUGCUCCCAGGCAUACUCUCUCAUCCAAGGAGACGCCGUCAGGAUGCUGUACGACCUGCAGCACGACAUCCUCCACGAUGCGGCAGCCUCAGACGAGCAGGGCGGGGGCGGGGUCCACCCCACCACGAAUUUCGUGGUGGGGCAGAUUGAGGUAGUGGUGAAAAAUAAAGACCUGCUCACGGGGCUGAUCAGAUCCGCCCCGUCGCUGAAUUUUGGCGACACCGCAAUUCCAGACGAGGAAUUGCGGCAGUACGCCAACGGCAGCGGUUUCCUGGAGCAGUACUUGGUCCUGACCGUCAUAGUACUGCUCAGGAACCUCGACAAGAAAUCGAGGAGCUACGGAGACCCCUGUCUAGGGCAUCUGUUCGCGAUGAACAAUCUCCGUGGCAUCCUGAAGGUGAUCGAGGCGUCGCCCAACCUGCAGGAGAUGGUCGGGGGACGUCUGAUCACCAAGAUGAGCGACGACCUAGAGUCCGCCCGGGCGAGCUACGAGACAACCAUGUGCGAAAAGUUCCUAACGUGCUUGCGCCGCGACGGGAUCUAUACGAGCCGCUGCUGCUUCCGAUCGCGGGCGUCGAAGGCCGCGGUGAGACGGCGGCUGAACAGCUUCAACGAUGUGUUCAAGAAAGUUGAUGAAUUGCAUUCUCUUUGGAAGAUUCCGGAUCUUCAACUAAGAAAUGAAGUUCGUCUUCGUAUGUCGGAAAUUUUGGUACCACGUUAUAGAAAAUUUAUUGAAGAAUUUGGUAAUAAACCUGAGACAAGGCUACUACUAGUUGAAGGUAACAUGAAGUAUCGACCUGAGGAACUUGAGGCCUUAGUUCAACAAAGAUUGUUUGCAAAUAGUGAUUCUUGA